AUGCCACAAGACAUCAACUCGCUCGGAGAUGACAACGACACCAAAGCUUUCUGCAAGUUCCACGGGCGAACUGGCCACGCCACUGAAAACUGCAAACACCUUAUUAGCAACCUUAUGCGCAUGUACCAUCGAGGAGAUAUCCCGCCAAUGGACGGCGAUAGGUCCCAAGGAAAAAGCUUCCCGCCGAGACCACCAAAAUCUGGGCAACAGGAGAAGCGCGGACGACAACCCCGUCCGAAGAAGGAUGCAGAAAACCGGAAGCCCCGCCUGGGAAGAGGAAUCGUGACGACACGACGACCUACCCCACCACCGAAGCGACAAGUCAGCAUGAUCAUGGGAGGCCUCCUGGAUAACGACGAUUCCAUAUCGGCGAUCAAGGAAUACGAGCGAAAGGCCGUCGCGGCACAACGCUACCCAUACGUCCAUAAAGGGAUCCCCACAAUCUCCUUUCAUGGACAAGGACGCAAGCGGAUUAGAUAUCCCCCACCUCGACCCCCUUGUGGAAUCCAUCAAACCCACAUCCCGUCCCCUCACCGGUUUCACCGCCGAAUACACCUACAGUUGCGGAACAGUUCAACUCCCCGUUUAUGUCGGCGGAAUUUCGAAGCUCCUGAAGUUCAUUGUCAUGGACAAACCGGCCAUCUACAACGCAAUACUUGGCACCCCCUGGCUCCACGAAAUGAAGGCCGUCGUCUCGACUUUCCACCAGUGCAUGAAAUUCCCAACGCCAUCCGGAAUUUACACCUUGCGUGGGGACCAAAGAGUGACGCGAUCAUGCUUCCUUCGCGAGCGCAAGCUCCGCACCGCAUCAUCCUUUAUGAUAGCCGAACCCUCAAACCAACCACCUCGCGAAGAUCUGAGCCAGUAUUGUACGACGAGACCGACGGACUCGAUACAACUGGAUACAUCACCACGACGCUGGGAGAAGCGCCGCCGUUUCCGCAAGCAAACGCCGAACCCCCAUGGAAAACCGAUUUAAGGUCCAGCCUUAACACCAAGAAACUCUCCAAUCUGUUCAAAAUAAAGCAGCUCGAGGACGAACCACUGCGGAGCUUCCUCGACAGAUUCAAAAACGCGAUCCUCGACCUUGACGAGACCCCGGGCGAGCCCCAAUCGCAGAAACAACGCUCAUCCAAGCCCUCCAAUGUGGGCUUUGGUAUCGAUCUAAGUUUUGUGAAGACUUCUACAUUCGAUCCUUCCGAACACUGA